ACAAGCGAGACCUACUUUCACUUUCUCAAGUUGGAGGAACAGAAAGUUCGUGGAAACUUGUGAGGAAAAGGGAAGUUGACCCACAAGCUACUUUUUUGCUCCAAAUAGGCAGUUACAGACCAGCCCACGGAUUACUUGAGCAUGUCUGGAGAACCAGCAGAGCUUAGUGAACUUGGAGGCGAUCCUAGCGCAGAUGUGGGGAAAUUAAAUCCUGACGCAGAAAGGAUGGAGGACUACAUCGACGCCAAACCUGACCGCAGUGCAAGAUUUCGUCUGUUCGGCAAAAAAAAUAAGGAUGGCCAGACGCGGGAGCAGGACUAUUCUAAAAGCCAUUCCAGAAUUGUUUUCCCAACAUUCCAGUAUAAGAUGAGCUACCGGCAAGUGGGGAAGUGCAUCAUCAUCAACAACAAAAACUUUGAUGAAAACACAGGGAUGAAUGUUCGCAAUGGGACGGACCGGGAUGCAGGUGAGCUGUUUAAGUGCUUCAGGAGCCUGGGCUUUGAAGUCGUUGUUUAUAACGACCAGACAUGUGAGAAGAUGGAGCAUCUUCUCAAACAAGCCUCAGAGGAAGACCACAGCGACAGCUCGUGUUUCGCUUGUAUUUUGCUGAGUCAUGGUGAGGAAGGCAUGAUCUACGGCACAGACGCAGCCAUGCCCAUCAAGACCAUCACCUCGCUGUUCAGGGGCGACAGGUGCAAAAGCUUAGUCGGAAAGCCAAAACUCUUCUUCAUCCAGGCUUGUCGAGGUUCUGAAUUUGAUGAAGGUGUCCAGACAGAUUCAGGUCCACCAAACGACACCCUGGAAACCGAUGCUAAUCCAAGACAUAAAAUCCCUGUUGAGGCAGAUUUUCUGUUUGCAUACUCCACUGUACCAGGAUAUUACUCAUGGAGGAACCCGGGCCGCGGAUCUUGGUUUGUCCAGGCACUCUGUAGCGUCCUGAGCGAGUUUGGCAAGCAGCUGGAGAUAUUGCAGAUCCUAACGCGGGUCAACUACAUGGUGGCCACCCAUUUCGAGUCUUGGUCGGAGGACCCGCGUUUCAGUGAGAAGAAACAGAUUCCCUGUGUGGUCUCCAUGCUGACCAAAGAGCUGUACUUCAACUGAUAUCCUGCCUGUACUGUAAGACAGAGACUCACAGACUGACCAGACUGACUCGACCGGCUGUUUCAGGCAAUGAGCAAGCAGUCGAAGCAUUCAGGGAUGAUUCAGGCCCAACAGGACCCAGCGCAUUUAGAGCAUGCCACUUUGUCUAUGUGUGAAGUUGGGCCUGACGACAAGCACUCUGUGAAAUCAAAAAUAAUACUCUGAGUUCAUGUGUUUACAGUAAAACCUCCUCUUCAGGCUACCCCCUUGAAAUACUAGUCACAUUUAAGCCGAUUGUUGUCGACAGACAUUGUGAAUUAUAUAUGUAUGAUCUACUGACCCAUAAAAUUAGCUGCCAGUUUUUAUGGGACGGUGGAAUCAUAUCCGAAUAUGUGUUUCUCUAUUUUACAAAACUUAUUUGUCUAGACAAAUAAAUCUUUUUUAGCUAAUUAGCCCACCUAAAGAAUUACAAAAACAAGUACUACUCUUGUGGAUCUGUUUGUAGCUAACAUUAGCAUUAGCAUGCAGACACAAAAAGACUUUCAAACUGUUAAAAACAGACAUUUAAAUACGCUUCACUAAAACAUGCACAGCAUUAGUGUUUCACACUUCUAGUUUAAAGCUUUUAUGACUAAUUAAAGCUUUAAUUAAGCAUAAUUUAGCAUGGAUUAAUCAUAAUUAACCUGUUAAUUAUGAUUAAAGCAUGAAUUAUGAUGAAUAAAAUACUAAAACUUUCAAGCAUGUUUCUACAACCCCUCUGAUUGUUUUAUUGACCUUUAAUUAACUCUACAGUGUAACUGAAUGUUGUGAUUUAUUAGACAGUAACUGAGGAUUUUAAAUCUCUACUGAUGGUAAAUUUAUUAAAUUGCUAUAUAUUCUUGUAUAGAUCAAAGAUUAAGGUGUACAUCUUAACACUGAAAUACAUUGAUGGAUAUAUUUAUGGUUAAAAUGACAGGAAAUGAGAUCUUUAGGAUUGUUCUCCCAUCAUAAUCAAUGUUUUUAUUUCUAAAGAUGGUUGAAAAAUCUAGUUUUUGCUGUUCUUCUGGUUUCUUAUUUAUUUUAAUUUAAAUUUCAGCUUUGAAUUUGUACAACAGAAAGAAUAUAAUAGUACAAAAUUGUUUUUGUUAAAUAUUAUUUAGCUCUAAACUACGUGCACUACUCUUUCAGUUGUGUUACAUUUAUAGCUUUUUUUUCUGUAGGACACAAUUCAUCUUUUUUGACAAAAAUAAACAAAAUAAUCUUUUAAAAGUUGGAUGGUUUAUAAUGCACAUGUAAAGUGUAUUAGUAAUUUUGCUCCAAGGGUCAAAUAGGUUUUGCAAAAUGUUAUUUUGCAGGAGGGAGUGCAGAAAUAGCUGUUUUGCUAUGCUAACAUUAGCAUGUGCUCUUUGUUUUGAUAUAACUUGUUGAUAAUUUGACAUGCAGCGUAUUUCAAUCUUGUCCCAGUUAAUGUUGUCCAGACAAAAUUUACAUUAGAAGUUGUACUUCUUUGUAAGCUUUUGCUUUAGACGUCAUAAAAGGUUUUUUAUUAUUUAGAUUUUUUAAUUCAGUAAUUAGUGCACACGCAGAACAAACAUUAAAGAGCAGCAAAUUAGUGCACAAUAACAAUUUGCAACUACAGAAAUAAAAUAAACAAAUAGAACAACACAACCCCCCCAAAACAGAACAAAAAAAAUGGUGUACAGUAAGAUGGAUACAUUCAGAAAGUCGUAAAAGUUAAUGUCUAGUGUUUCAGCUGCUCUCUAAUGAGCUCUAAUACACAGCAAUAUUUCAGGUCAUACUAUACAGCAUCAUUACAAUGGUUGAAAAACACUUUGAGUCUUAAAAGCUGCAGUAUGUAACUUUUAUUAAAAAAUAUAUAGUUUUUACAUAUUUUGUAAGAUUAUAAUAAUGUUGUGAUUGUAAAAUUUGAGACAAUCUAGUUCCUCAACUUUCUCCCAGUGCUCCCAGUACUAGCUGUAGAAAUAUACCACUCAGUCAGAAACAACCAAUCAGAGCCAGGAGGAGGGUUUUAGCGCUGUCAAUCACUCUCAUGUUCCCCCCCUCCCAGCAACAGCUGGUUCACCACAACACAGUCUGCCACGAAUGCUAAUGCUUGCUAGCAUAGCCACCAAUGAUGGCGGAUGAGCGUUUUUUUUCUGUAAUCGUAAGUUAUUUCUCUGCCAUUAGUACAUUUAGCAGCAAGUACAUGAGCACUAUUGACAGCGCUAAGACUUUCCUUUGUAAGCUACAUACUGCAGCUUUAACGGAAACGCACAUAACUGACAAAGUAAUGUUUACAGCCUGAAUAAUUUCUGCACAUAAUUUUAUUUAGUUGAAAAAUUGCAGUUUGUAUUUGCUAAAGUGAAUGUCAAGUUUGAACAGAUCCCAAGAGAUUGUCCAGAAACACCACCCAGCAAAAGUAAUCAUAAACUUUGACAAAAGUUGCCGCAAAUAAUUUGGAAUGAGCCUCUAGAUCUGGAAAAUGGAGCAGAUAAUUUUCAUUCGUGAAUGCUUUUAAGGUUUCAGCUGUCAGAUUUAGUAGCAGUCACUUUAAAAAAGCUUAAACUCCUCCGACUGCAGCAUUGUCACAACGCUCAACAUCUCAGCCUUUCCUGUAACUACAAGUUGGUAGCAACAUGCUAGCAUCCUCAGGUUCCUCACUGUCCCAUCAGAUGUCAUGUUUAAUCUCUUACCUACAUGUGGUGGAUUAGGAGGUGUGAUAUUUUGCUGUGUAGUGAUUUUGUUCUAACUUUGAAUCAAGCAUGAAGCACAAACAGCUUAGCUACCAUCUUGUUCAAACCCAAAUAAGUGAGAUUUGUAUAAUUAAUUAACAUUAACCUGUUCAUUUAUUUAUUCAAAAGGGUCCAAGAAAUCAGUUUGGUGAUUAUUAUUAUUUUAUAGUAUAUUUUAUUUCAUUUAUCACCUAAAAGGCAAUUCAGAAUGACUAAGCGUUUGAACCGGACUGGGACCUGGAGCACACUUCACAUCAUUUUACUGUAUAUUAGUGUUGUACACCGUCUUCACUUACACUGUUUUGUAGUUUACAGAUAUUUUUAGUGAAAAUAAGAAACUAAAAAAAAUUUUUUUAAGCAUUUGUGCACUUUGAGAGUGUUUAAAAUAAGCAUCAAGAAUUUAUUAUUGGUAAAAUAAAUAUUUCAAUGCAUAAACAUGACAUUUGUUGGUUGUUAAAGUCACAGAGGCAGCUAUUACUGGCUAAUAACUAACCUAUAUUUACAGAAUCCACUUUUCCACAAUAUGCACUCUUGUUUUUUGCUUUAUUAUUACUCUUUGUGAUUGCAUGUAUUGGUAAAAAUGAUGGUGGAAGGAAAUCAUAUGUGCUUUUAUUAUUCUGCUUUUCUCUUUUCCUCUGUAACUUGUAUUUAUUUUGAUAUCAUUCGCAUAAAUGCUACAUGUGUGCAAUCAGUGCAGUUCUUGGAUCUCUGAUAAUUGAUUUGGUGUCAGGACUGAGCUGGAGCGAACGCUUGUUCCCCUUGUUUUGAAAUGAAAACUUAAAAAAACCCAAACUUUAAUAAGAUGUUUGUUUAAGUGCUUUCCAGUUUUUAAAUGCUGUGUUCCUCAGGAAUAUAUUUGAAAAGAUUUGAAUUUAAACGCAUAAUUUGGUCCAGUUUUUUGAACAGUUCCUUGUUUAAAUAACUUGAAAACAGAGGAAUGCUUCUGUAAUUAAACAUGAAUUUAUUGUGUAAUGAACUUUGUGUCAUUUCUUAUUAGCAUGAUCACAUUAAAGCAAUCAAAACAUA